CGACUUAAGCUUCGUGCAAUCUUUAUCUCUUUUCCUUCUCUCUCUGACGCUUGCGAUCAUAUGACUGUCUCGCUUUAAGUACAGGAAGUAACACAGUGCGAAUCGCAAAAAACAGACCUUGUGUAUGUUAAAUUUUUACAAAAAAAGAGAGAAGAAUAGAAUUGCGUUGACGCUGCAAUUUUGACAGAGAGUGAUGUGGAAAACGUUGCGGUUUAGCGCUUACAAAGUACACAUAACGUUCGCAAUUCUGUAAUAUUGCAGGAACAAAUUUUUUGUACACGAGAGAGACAUAUAGAACAAACUUCGCUCUGUUUUCUUUUUUGUUAUAUAUAUAAAGUUGUUCGGGAAUUUUAUAAAUUUUUUAACGCGUGCGAUUCGUUAAUUUCAAUCGAUAGGAUUUUUAAAGAUGGUUAGUCACUUUGGAGAGGUAACGUUUCCGUCAUCGCGGGCGUUUUGGGAUGAUGAAGAUGAAUAUGAACCGGUGAACAAUUCUGAACAUUGUCCAAAAUUAUACGUAAACUGGCUACAAAGCAAGCCGCAAUGUAUAGAAACAUUGAUUUUGAUGGAAGGAGAUCCAUUGACUUCUUUUAUGGCGCAAUCCUUGUGUCACAAACUGGAUGAAACGUGCAUCAUAGAAAAUGAACAUCGCAAGAAGGUUUCUGUUAUUUAUAAAAUUGACAAAGGCAUGUAUUUGUGUACUUUUUUGUCACAAUUUGAUACAAGAGAGGCGGGAAAAUUCAUAGAACAACUAUCUGACUUAUUGUUAAGCACAGAGAACACAAUUGCAAUAGUGUGUCGUCACAUAUCACAGUUUCAGAGUACAGAUAUUCCCGAGUCUUCAUCAUUUUUAAGAGUAUUAACCACUAAAAAUACAAAAAAUGUUGCUGAACGCAAGAUCGAAUCAUUAGAACAGCCAAAUAUUAUAUUUGGCGUUGGAGCAGGAGUUUUAUCUUAUGCUGAACUUGCAAACAUGCCAGCUACAUUAUACGUAUUAUAUGUAGACAGUUUCAUAUUAGAUUCCAAAUGCAUUGAACCAAUUUUACAAAUUCUACCUAAUGAAAUAUGUUGUAAAUUGCAACAUCCCAAAGUUGGGAUGGAAAAUGUUUUCAAUAAAGGAAAUCUUUACAUGUAAAAAAAAUUAGUUCAUUUUAU